AGGAAUUCAUUCGAUCAACAUGCUCAAACUCGAGCUCGUGCCGGCCGCCGGUGACAAGCUCGUGCUCAAGCUCUCUCCUCCGCCGCCGCUUGCUGACAAGCAGGCGUCUCUGGCGGACAACACGACCGUCAUCGACUCUGGCGGAGGCAACGCCGUCGGCAUCCCCUCCGAGCCCGUCUCGCUCAAGGAUGGCAUCGGCGUCCUUAACACCGUCGACGAUCCGGCCGGCGCCAAGGCCGUCGUCAUCCCGUCCGAGAGCGAACCCAGCCCGCUCAAGGACGGCAUUGACGCGGGCGGCGGCAAAGUCGCGGGCGAGUUGUCGCCGAUGAAGUCCUUCGCGAAGGUCGGAAUCGUGCCGGCUGACGACGGCCGCAUCACGAUCGUCAUCUCCGAGUCGGUGUCGCCUUCGCUCCACGGAGCCAAGGCGUGCGGCGUCAAGAACGUCAAGGACAUCCCCGUGGCAAAGUGCGGCACGGAGGACGUCCUCAAGAAGGACCCGGCCGCGGAGAAGGCGCCUGACGCGGGCCCUGUCGACUCGGACAAGGCCAUGUUCGCCGCCCACGCGCCGAGCCCGACCGCCGUUUUCUGGUCCA